AUGAUCUCUGCCCUCGGCAUCCUGUUGGAGGAGGAAGAAGGAAAGCUUGUGGUUCAGGCUAUCUACCCAGGAGGGCCGGCUAGCAUUGCAUGCGAUAUCUCCAGAGAGAAAUAUGGGGAGGGGUGGGGCAUUCAAGCAGGAGACGUUCUCUUGCGUGUCGAUGACGUCGAGGUGCUCGGGCGAGAUCCUGUGCAGGUUCGAUCGCUGCUGCGAGGAGCCCCGGAUACCAAGGUUGUGCUGCGUUUCUUGCGCAAAGAGAUGGGAGAGACAAGAGAUGGGAAAGGAUUCUUUGACAUAGAAAUACAGAGGAGAUCGUCAGUCAAGGACAAGAGCAUGAUCUUCCAAGGAACCCCUGAGAGGCAUCCGAUGAUCUCAUUGCAGCAGAGUCAUCAAGACUCGGCUAUGCAUGACCGAGAACUCAAAACUCCCAAGAUCUUCGAGGAGUUGAUGCCAUCCGACAGUGUUACCCCUUGUAGAUCAGACAUGAAGCCUCCAAGACUUCAUGAGAACAGCCUGGGCUUUCAAGCAGCUUCUCUCAAGCAGAAAGUGGCGGAGCUAGAACAAGAACUCCGAGAAGCAAAAAGUCAGGCUUACCUCAGCUCAAAGAUAGUAGACCGUCUUCACUUCCUUGAAGACAAGCUGUUCGAGACCGAGACGAACAUGCCUAUCAUGAUAGAACAGCGGUGUGAUGCCAAGUGGGGGCAUGUGAGAUUGGAGUUGCUUGCUGAGGUGGAAGAGAAGAAGAAAGAGGCGAACGUCUUCAUGAACCUGUUGAAAGAGUCAGAGGAUGUUGAUUCUUCCUUCACCUUGCCUUCCUCCUCACCGCCUUCGCAGAACCUCGCAAAAGCCAACGAGAAGCUGAAAGCUUACAGGGAAUCGGAGGAGAUGUUACGUCAGCAGCUCCUGGAGACCAAACGAGACCUCAAGUCUUACAAGGAGCGAGAGCAGCAGCAGCAGCAAGCGCAGGUUGACCCGAGACGAGCCGAGCUUUCAAACUCCGACCAUCCCGUCGACGGUGUGCUGUACAGCAGCGACAGGGAAGAGCGGAGGGUUCAGUACUACUCCUCGAGCAUGAAUGGAUGGGGAGACUCCAAGAUGACCGAGGGGCUGAAGCACAACAGUCUCAUCUCCGGUCAGCUCUUGAAGCUGCUGGAAGAGAACGAGGAGCUGAGAGACUACUCCACCAGACUUGAGCUGCAGCUGGCGGGGCAGGAGAAGUCGAGGAGGAGCCAGCGCACUAGCCCGAACUCGACGGAGCACCUGCAUGAGAUCGCGAUGCGGCAAGGGGUUCACCUGCUGCGGCUGAUGCUCAACUCGGAGGAGAAGUCAAGGGUGUCCAAGAGCCUCAACGAGUUUCCAGCAUGGUUGGUGGCGGCGAUCUUCUACUACGUGGACGACGGGGAGGAGGAGGAGAGGGUGGAAGAUCUGAGGCGCUGGAUGGAAGAGAGCGAGAGCAACCAGAGCCCGCAACAGAUUCAGACCCUCCUGCUCAGAAUCGCCAUGUUCUUCUCCUUCCGCCAGGAGGAGCUUGCCCACUCUCUCACGUUCAAAGACGUCGCUCGAGGCGUUCGGCUCUCCCUCAAGCUCACCAUCAGUUUCAGUCAGAACGUCGACGUCGUCCGACUCGCGGUCCUGUGCGUCUGCGCGAUCUGCGUCUCUCGCCCGGCAAAGCAUCUCAUCCACAACUCGGGGAUGUCGGAUGUGAUCAAACUCUCUUCUCUCCUUUCCCACGACGAUGAGCUUGUCUUGUUGUUCGCCACUGAAGCUCUUUGCCACAUCAACGUCAUGAAGAGCGUUGAUCAGCUCCCCUCCACGUCUUGCUUGUCAGACUGCUGCAGUCUCCUCAAACAUCACAACGGAGACAUCAGAAGAAACUGCCUACUCCUCCUCUGCCAGUUCUCCCUCAAGCCUCACCUGCAACAUGUGCUCAAGGAGGAGAGGGGACUGGCUAAGACGUUGAAGUCUCUCGCUCAAAGUGAAGACCCGCUGGAGCGAAAGAGAGCAGAAUGCGCCCUGGACAACAUCACUAAACAAUGA